CUUCGUCGGCCCCCCGAGCGGACCCCGACCGCUGACCUGCGGCUGCGGGGGUUCCUACAAAAGCGACGGCGGCGAAAGGACAGGCGAGCCGAGGGGGGAAGGGGCCAGGGGGGCAAUCCGCUCGCUCGGGGGUGGGAGCAGCCCGAAUCGGAGCCCCGGUUCCUCCUAGGUGAUUGGGGAGAACGAACGAGCUGCGCCGGUUAGGUGGGGGCUUCCGUUUCGCCAUUCUAUGGAGGUACACUAAAAGUUACCUUAGGUGCUCUGCUGGGGGGGGGAAAAUAAGUACCUUAGUUUGUGUUAAGGAUAUAGAGCCAAGUCGGAGAUCACUUAAUAUCAAGGGAGGCUGUCAAACUAACGUUUUGUAUGGCUGUCUAGUUUCGUGGCUGUUGGCCUGUUGCCCCUGCUGAAUCAAAACGUGAAGGUCAAUCACGUAGUCAUCCUUUAUUGAUGGAUCACACUGGAAACUUAAGCCAUCAUGAUCACACAAUUGACAUACCAAGGAAUGAUGUUACCUCCCCAUCAGCAUCUCACCAGGACGAUCUCGACAGCUUGGAUGAGUUUCACGACACCAUAAGUCCUCCAGAUGAAGUGCCUGCAGUGCCAGAAAGUGCUUCUGUCACGUAUGAUGUAUCUGACUCUCAAAACGCAUCCUCUGCCAGAAGAGAUCGAGGCCAUCGUCAGCAAAAUCCUUUGAAUUCUGGCUUCUGGAUCUCAAUUGAGCUUAUUGUAAAUCUUAGCCAGAUUAUAGCGGCUAUUUCUGUUCUAUCAGUAUCAAGGAACGAGCACCCACAUGCUCCAUUAUUUGUGUGGCUUCUUGGCUAUACAAUAGGUUGUAUUGCUAUUCUUCCACAUCUUUAUUGGCGGUACCUUCAUCGCAAUCGCCAGAACACAGAGCAGGAACUGCCGACCCAAAGUUCAUCAGAAAGAAAUAUAUCUGAGAUUAAUUCUUUUGCGGCUGUUUCAUCUACUCAUUCAUCAGAAACUGUGGAUGGUGCCAACCGAACUGGAGUCUCAAGAAGUAACUUACCAUUGGCAAGUCCAAGGUUCUAUGCAUUGGUCGCUUGCUUUAAAUUGUUGCUGGAUUGUUUCUUUGCUGUGUGGUUUGUUGUGGGGAAUGUGUGGAUAUUUGGCAGCCGUUCUUCUGCCCAAGAUGCUCCUAACUUGUACAGGAUCUGCAUAGUAUUCCUUGUGUUUGGCUUCAUUGGCUAUGCAUUGCCUUUCAUUCUCUGUACAAUGAUAUGUUGCUGCCUGCCCUGCAUAAUCUCCAUUCUGGGCGUCCACGAGGAUUUGGAUCCAAACAGAGGCGCUACCACGGACACAAUCAAUGCUUUGGUGGCAUACAAGUUCAAAUCGAAAAGAGUUCACGAUGGGGAUGUGGGAGAAGAGGGCGGUGGAGUCUUGGCAGCUGGAACUGACAAGGAGCGAACGAUCUCCGCAGAAGAUGCUAUCUGCUGCAUCUGCUUGUCAAAGUUCUCGAACAAUGAAGAUCUACGAGAACUUCCCUGCGCGCAUGUCUUCCACAUGGAAUGCAUAGAUAAAUGGCUCCAGAUAAACGCAUUGUGCCCUCUUUGCAAGGCUGAGAUAGGGGGCUCCAAAAGUGCUGCAGAAACUGGCUCCGAGGGGCCUCGGGAUGAUAACAGAGUAGCCAGUGACGUUGAGUCACAGCGAUAACUGCUGAAUGCUCUCUCACAUGAGCAUGAGGAUGAUGGAUGAUGUGCUUUUGAUACGGCCUAAGCUUGUUAACAUAACCGACUACAAGUAGGAAGUGCAGGGCAAUGUUCUCUCAGAUUUUCUCAUGCAUUUCGGAAGCAACAUUUUCACGUACCUACCAUGGCUUCCUAGCUGGACUGAGCUGGUGAUGGUGGCUACCUAAGAUGAUCAUACUCUGUGGGUUGCUGAUGUUAACCUCCCUGCUGUUAGCAGCAGUUGCCCUAUCGCCUUGUAUAGAAAAUGUUAGUGAAUUAGUCUACACUUUGCACCAAUGUCCUUGUACAGAAAAAAUGGACAUCUCAUUUGUACCUGGUCAGCUUGCACCAGUACCGCAGCUCCUGUAAUGGUUGAUCUUGUACACUGUAUAAACCCAGAAAUGCUGGGUACUAGGUAGAUAUAUAUUGUUAUCAAUGAAAGGCAAAAUUCACCAAACCCAUUCGCUGGA